AUGGAGCCUGAAAAAGAAAAAGAGACAGUGGCCCCUAGUGAGCAGAAUCUGAGCCCAAGACCCAGCACUAAGCCUUCAAUUACGAACAGACAGCCGAAAAUGAAAAGAAAAAAAAAAGAUUUAGAGGAGCUGAAGAAGGAAGUGGUUAUGGAUGAUCACAAGCUAACAUUGGAUGAGCUGAGUGCCAAGUACUCCGUGGACUUGACCAAGGGUCUUAGCGUCAGAGAUGCUCAGGAAAUUCUGUUUCAAAAUGGACCAAAUGUACUAACCCCUCCUCCAACCACCCCAGAGUGGAUCAAAUUCUGUAGACAACUGUUCGGUGGCUUCUCCCUCCUGCUGUGGACUGGUGCCUGUCUCUGUUUCCUGGCCUAUGGCAUACAUGUACAUUAUUACAAAGAAGAAGCCAACAAAGAUAACCUGUACCUGGGUAUUGUACUGUCUGCCGUGGUCGUCAUUACUGGAUGCUUUUCAUAUUACCAGGAGGCCAAGAGCUCCAAGAUCAUGGAGUCUUUUAAGAACAUGGUGCCUCAGCAAGCUCUGGUAAUUCGAGAUGGAGAGAAAAUGCAAAUCAAUGUAAGAGACGUGGUUUUGGGAGACCUAGUAGAAGUGAAGGGUGGAGACCAAAUUCCUGCUGAUAUCAGGGUUAUCUUUGCACAAGGAUGUAAGGUAGACAAUUCCUCCUUAACAGGGGAGUCAGAACCCCAGUCUCGCUGCCCUGACUGCACCCAUGAGAACCCUCUGGAGACACGGAAUAUCAUCUUCUUCUCCACCAAUUGUGUAGAAGGAACAGCCCGGGGUAUUGUGAUUGCUACAGGAGACUACACAGUAAUGGGCCGGAUUGCUUCCCUGACAUCAGGCUUGCAAAUGGGCAAGACCCCCAUUGCCACUGAAAUUGAACACUUCAUUCACUUGAUCACAGCUGUUGCAGUCUUCCUUGGCAUUACAUUUUUUUUCCUCUCGCUUAUCUUGGGCUAUACCUGGCUGGAUGCUGUCAUUUUCCUCAUUGGCAUCAUUGUGGCCAAUGUGCCAGAAGGGCUGCUGGCCACUGUCACUGUGUGCCUGACGCUGACAGCCAAGCGCAUGGCUCGCAAGAACUGUCUGGUGAAGAACCUGGAGGCGGUGGAGACACUGGGCUCCACAUCCACCAUCUGCUCAGACAAGACGGGCACCCUUACCCAGAACCGCAUGACAGUGGCUCACAUGUGGUUUGAUAAGACUGUGUAUGAGGCCGACACCAGUGAGGAACAAACCACGGGGAAAACAUUUCCCAAGUCCUCGGACACCUGGUUUUACUUGGCUCGAAUUGCUGGCCUCUGUAACCGGGCCGACUUUAAGCCUCAUCAAGAAUCUCUUCCCAUAACUAAGCGGGCAACAACGGGGGACGCUUCUGAGUCAGCCCUCCUCAAAUUCAUUGAGCAGUCUUACAGCCCUGUGAGUGAAAUGAGACAGAAAAACCCCAAGGUGGCAGAGAUCCCCUUUAAUUCUACCAACAAGUACCAGAUGUCCAUCCACCUUUUGGAAGACAACUCCGACGCCCACGUGCUGCUAAUGAAAGGUGCUCCAGAGAGGAUCUUGGAUUUUUGCUCCAGUUUCCUGCUGAAUGGGCGGGAGUACCCCAUGGACGAGGAAAUGAAGACAGACUUCCAGAAUGCUUACUUAGAACUGGGAGGUCUGGGCGAGCGUGUACUGGGGUUCUGCUUCUUGAACUUGUCGAGCGAUUUCCCUAAGGGAUUCCAAUUUAAUACCGAUGAAUUAAAUUUUCCCAUGGAAAAUCUGUGUUUUGCGGGUCUCAUAUCUAUGAUUGACCCUCCUCGAACUGCUGUGCCUGAUGCUGUGGGCAAGUGUCGCAGCGCAGGGAUUAAGGUAAUCAUGGUGACAGGGGAUCACCCCAUCACAGCCAAAGCUAUUGCUAAAAGCGUGGGCAUCAUUUCAGAGGGCAACGACACGGCAGAGGACAUUGCUGCUCGGCUUAAUAUCCCUAUCAGUCAAGUCAGUAACAAGUCUAUUAAAGCCAUUGUAGUGCACGGCUCAGAACUGAAAGACAUGGACUCAAAUCAGCUGGAUAAUAUCCUCAAAUCCUAUAAGGAGAUAGUGUUUGCUCGGACCUCUCCUCAGCAGAAGCUCAUCAUUGUGGAGGGGUGUCAGAGACUGGGAGCCAUAGUAGCAGUGACUGGUGACGGGGUGAAUGACUCCCCCGCGCUGAAGAAGGCUGACAUCGGCAUUGCCAUGGGCAUCACCGGCUCUGAUGUCUCUAAGCAGGCGGCUGACAUGAUCCUUCUUGAUGACAACUUUGCCUCCAUUGUGACAGGCGUGGAGGAGGGCCGCCUCAUCUUUGACAACCUAAAGAAGUCCAUCGCAUACACCCUGACCAGCAACAUUCCUGAGAUCACCCCCUUCCUGCUGUUCAUCAUCUUAAGCAUACCCUUGCCUCUGGGUACCAUAACCAUUCUCUGCAUUGACCUGGGCACUGACAUGGUCCCUGCUAUCUCCUUGGCUUAUGAGUCCCCUGAAAGUGACAUCAUGAAAAGGCUUCCACGGAACCCCAAAACAGACAAUCUUGUGAACCACCGUCUUAUUGGCAUGGCCUAUGGGCAGAUCGGGAUGAUACAGGCUCUGGCUGGAUUUUUCACCUAUUUUGUGAUCCUUUCGGAGAAUGGUUUUAAGCCUCUUGAUCUUCUGGGUAUCCGUCUAUACUGGGAUGAUCCAUCCCUAAAUGACCUAGAAGACAGCUAUGGGCAGCAGUGGACAUUCGAGCAGCGGAAGGUGGUGGAGUUCACGUGCCAAACGGCCUUCUUCAUCAGCAUUGUGAUUGUGCAGUGGGCCGACCUCAUCAUCUGCAAGACUCGAAGAAAUUCACUCUUCAAGCAGGGCAUGAAAAAUAAAGUCCUAAUAUUUGGACUCAUUGAGGAGACAGUCCUGGCAGCUUUCCUGUCCUAUGUUCCAGGCAUGGAUGUGUCCCUGCGAAUGUACCCACUCAAGAUAAACUGGUGGUUCUGUGCACUUCCCUACAGUGUUCUCAUCUUCAUCUACGAUGAAACCAGAAAACUCAUCAUCCGUAGACGGCCUGGUGGAUGGCUGGAGAAGGAGACAUAUUACUAACUGCAUCAGAGAAAGAUCUUCACACGACAUUGGUCUCAUGAAAGCCAGGAUUGAGUAUAACAAUGACACCUGAGAU